AUCACAACAUCUUACACUUUCGCUUCCUGCUUCCCUCACUCUCCUACAGUCUUUCGUUUGUGCAGCGCACUCACAUUCGCUACAUUCAAUUCAUCAAGCAACACUCAAUCUACAUCGACUUACUCGACUAUCGUCUUUUCAACUAAGAAUCUCUAAACUCGAAAUCAGCAAACAUGAAGUACCACACUGCUCAGAUCUUGGCUCUUACCAGCAUCGUCUCCGCUCUUCCUCACCCUCAACGUUAUGGCGGCGGCUCAGGUGUUCAGCCAUCUGCCCCAUUGACAACCGCUCCUGCUAGCAGCGGCCCUACCUACGAUAACACGCCAGGCUCUGGCUCUACUCCUCCUGCUGGAGGCCGCCCCGGUGGCUCUGGUCCCGCUCCUCCUGCCGGAGGUCGCCCAGGUGGCUCCACCCCUACUCCUCCUUCCGGCGGUGCUUCCUACGGCGGAGGUGCUGCUCCUCCCGCUGGUGGUGCUUCCUACGGUGGAGGUGCUACUCCUCCAGCCGGUGGUGCUGGAGGCUACGGCAGCAGUUGGGGACUUGGACUUCCUCUCCUCGGCGGAGGUGCCAAGGGCGGCAUUGGUGGUCUAGUUGGCGGAGGUGCUAGCGGAGGUGCUAGCGGAGGUGCUGGCCUCGGCGGACUCAUCGGUGGAGGUGCUGGCCUUGGUGGCCUCGUUGGUGGAGGUGCCUACGGAGGCGCCCAUGGAGGUGCUGGUGCUGGCCUUGGUGGAUUGGUCGGCGGCGCUGCCAAUGCCGGUGCCGGUCUCGGUGGACUCCUCACCUACAGCAAGACUGGCUAUGGUGGUGCCAGUGCCGGUGUCGGCGGUAGCGCCGGUGCUGGCGUUGGCGGCUCAGCCGGCGGUGAUGCCUACGGUGGUGUCGGUGCUGGCCUCGGCGGCCUGGUCGGUGGCCUCGUUGGUGGUGUCAAGGGCGGAGCCAGCGCAGGUCUCGGUGGCCUAGCUGGUAUUAUCGGAGGCGCCAAGGGCGGAAUUGGUGCUGGUGGCUAUGGCGGUGCUGGUGUUGGCGGUUCCGUCGGUGGAGGAGCCGGUGCUGGUGUUGGCGGCUCCGUUGGUGGAGGUGCUGGUGCCGGUGUCGGUGGCUCUGUUGGCGGAGGCGCUGGUGUAGGCGGCUCAGUCGGCGGUGGUGCCGGUGUCGGUGGUGGUGCCCACGGCGGUGUCAGCGGUGGUGUUGGCGGUUCCGUCGGUGGUGGUGCUGGCGUUGGCGGUGGUGCCAAGGGAGGAGUUGGAGCUGGUGUUGGCGGCUCUGUCGGUGGAGGAGCUGGUGUCGGCGGUUCCGUUGGCGGUGGUGCGGUGGUGCCAGCGGUGGUGUCAGCGGUGGUGUCGGUGGCUCUGUUGGCGGUGGUGCUGGUGCCGGUGCCGGUGUUGGUGGCGGUGCUAAGGGAGGAGCUGGCGCCGGUGUUGGUGGCUCUGUCGGCGGCGGUGCUGGUGUUGGUGGCGGUGCUAAGGGAGGUGCUGGAGCUGGUGCCGGUGCCGGUGCUGGUGGCAGCACUGGAGGAAGCACUGGUGGUUCUUACACCAGCUACUAAAACGCUGAUCAGGAUUCACGACGGGUAUUUCGGCUUAAUACUGAGGUUUUCCUAGUACAUAUUUGACACGAGGCAUAAUAAUAUCACUUUCCUUCUUCAAA